AUAGAGACAAGUCAUACAUUCAUACAUAUGCCACGAGUAGGAGGAAUAUUACAAUUACUCCCGAGAGAUUAUUAUCAUAUUCUCCACCCCUAGCCCAGCCCCUUUUAGCAUGCGUACUGAGUCGUGCUGGUGGUCUUCAGGGCUCGUAGGAUGAAGGCCUAAUAUCUCCUAACGUCUCUAUAAAGAUGGCCGCUCUCACUUUUCGCCUGUUCCCCUCCUCCUGGAGUUAGAUGCGGCAGUACUCUCAGAAGCGUACCGUGCCGCAGCGCAUUCUGGGUGCCUCUUCCUGCCGUGACGCUGCAGAUAGAAUCUAGUGCCGCCUGUGUGGCGCUCUCUGUUCCGUCAUCCGAUGAGGAUGGUGGGCGUGAAGGUGAUCGUCAACGACACUGACUUUCAGCCCGAGCUGAGCGCGGUCGGGUCUCGUCUGGCCGUGGUGAAAUUCACCAUGCGGGGAUGUGGCCCUUGUUUAAGGAUAGCCCCAGCUUUCAAUGCUCUGAGUAACAAAUAUCUUCGGGCAAUGUUUUUGGAAGUGGAUGUGCAUCAGUGCCAGGGAACAGCUGCUACCAAUAAUAUAUCAGCAACGCCAACAUUUCUGUUUUUUCGCAACAAAGUACGAAUCGACCAAUAUCAAGGAGCAGAUGUUCUAGGGUUAGAAGAAAAAAUUAAGCAGCACCUGGAGAACGAUCCUGGAAACAGUGAAGAUACAGAUAUCCCCAAAGGAUAUAUGGAUUUAAUGCCAUUUAUCAAUAAAGCUGGCUGUGAAUGUCUUAAUGAAAGUGAUGAGCAUGGAUUUGAUAAUUGUUUACGUAAAGAUUCUACCUACUUGGAAUCAGAUUGUGAUGAGCAGCUGCUUAUUACUGUUGCUUUUAGUCAACCAGUCAAGCUUUAUUCCAUGAAACUUCAGGGGCCAGAUAAUGGGCAAGGUCCAAAGUACAUAAAAAUCUUUAUCAACCUUCCUCGAUCUAUGAAUUUUGAAGAAGCAGAAACAAGUGAACCAACUCAAGCCCUGGAGCUAACACCAGAUGAUAUUAAAGAAGAUGGCAUUGUCCAGCUUCGCUAUGUUAAAUUUCAGAACGUUAACUGUGUAACUUUGUUUGUCCAGUCCAAUCACGGUGAUGAAGAGGCAACAAGAAUUACAUACUUGACAUUUAUUGGAACUCCAGUCCAAGCAACAAAUAUGAAUGACUUCAAGCGGUUGGCAAAAAAGGAGAGAGUCACUAGGAUGUGCAAGACACUGGAAGGCCUUAUUCCAAUCAACUGAGAUCUUCAUUUUAUCUACAACUUCCAGAUAAUUGCUUAACCCUAGCCAGAGGGUUUCAUUUAAUGCUAUUACCAAUAAAUAACUGUUUUUGUUGA